ACACGCUAUUACUCCAAUAUUUGUUUUUAUUUUUUCGAAAAUUAAAGAUAUACAUUACUUUUUUCAGUAUCUACUUCACUCGCGAUUAGAAAAUUAUCUCAUAUGUACAUUUAUUUAAUUUUCGCAAAACUUCAUUGCGCAACAUUUUAAUUAUUAUUUCAGCUAUCUGUUUUGUGUGUGAUCAAAUAAACUCAAAGUCACAAGUGUUCAUUUCUUUUUUAAGUCUUAAUUUUUCAUUUAUGUAAUAAUUUAAAUAAUAUAGUGUAAAAUGAGCACCAAAAAUUUGGAUAACACGAAACAAUCGCUCCUGAAACAGGCCGGCCUGCAAAUAAUUGCUGGAGGGUCUGCGGGCUUUGUCGAAGUAUGUCUCAUGCAUCCACUUGAUUUGGUUAAAACCCGACUUCAAAUUCAAAACAAAAUAAAUAAUACCGCUUCAUCGGAGUUAUACUACAAAGGUGUAUUGGACUGUUUCCGGAAAAUGUUGCGCAAUGAAGGACUAUUUUCAUUUUGGAAAGGAAUAGUACCUCCGAUUUUAGCCGAAACCCCAAAGCGGGCUACAAAAUUUCUCUGUUUCGAGCAAUAUAAAAAAAUUUUCAUGUUUGGGUCAGACAAAGCAACUCCACAAGCAUAUUCAUUAGCUGGUUUGGGAGCUGGAGCAACAGAAGCAGUUAUUGUAAAUUCUUUCGAAGUUGUAAAAGUAACAUUGCAGUCAAAUCGAGCCAAAUCAACUGAAAUACCAUCAACUUUUAGCGUGGCCCGAAAUAUUAUUAAAACAGAGGGUUUUGGUUUGCAAGGCUUGAAUAAAGGUCUAACAGCGACGAUUGCACGAAAUGGCGUUUUCAAUAUGAUUUACUUCGGUUUUUACCACAGUGUAAAGGACUAUUUUCCAGCGUAUGAGGAACCAAUGAAAGAAUUUAUACGUAAGGUGGGAAUUGGAUUUACAUCAGGAACAAUAGCCAGUUUUGCUAAUAUUCCUUUUGAUGUGGCGAAAUCUAGAAUUCAGGGGCCACAACCGGUGUCAGGUCAAAUAAAAUAUCGUACUACUUGUGGAACUUUGUUAACAGUAGCUCGAGAGGAAGGAUUUUCUGCAUUGUAUAAAGGUUUAUUACCGAAAGUGAUGCGCCUCGGGCCAGGUGGUGCAAUAAUGUUACUUAUGUAUGAAUUUUCUUAUGACUAUUUACAACAGAAAUUUCUGUGAAUAUAAAAUUUACAACAUUUUUUAUGUUUAUAAAAUCCAUUUGACAACAA